CUAUAGGUUCUAUAGGGAACUUUAUAGGUCCCAAACUGAACUCUAUGGUGCAUAUUGGAACCUAUAGGAUUCCUUUAGGAUCCUAUAAGAUUCUUAUAGAAUUCUUAUAUAUUCCUAAAUGAAUAUGCCGGAAUCCUAUAGGACAUUUUCGUAAGGGUAUGCAAUUUCCUGCAUAUAAGCGGGCAAGAUGGAGAACAACUCUUCAUACCUUAUCCUCCUGAGAAAGCAGGAAAAUGUUUUCUCUAAAGGUAAAAACCAUUCCGCUCGGUCGAUUGUGGAAAAAGGGAGAGUAAAGAUAAAAACCGGUUCAUAUCAUGAGAGGGAAUGAUUGGAGGAGGAAAGAUUUUUCUAAAUUUACUAAAAUCUUUAUAUUCAGCAAGCAUCCAAAGAGGAUUUUUCGACUCUAAGAAUAGUGAAAAUUGCCUUCACCUGGGCACUUCGCCGGAGGAAGCAAGGCGACCGGAGAGAUGCAGACGAUAAUUGUCCUUGGGUUCAUCCUGGAGACCAUGCACUUCCUCCAAGACAUCCUCCUGGAAGAUCAUCUGCUGCCGGGAAACACCUCAGUCACGAAGCUCGGGAACGAGGAAUGCAAGCAUGAAGGGGAAGGGGCGCUGGAGAAGUUCCUCUUUAACCUAGAGAGGAAAGAUUGGGUUCUGGAGAAGGAUUUCCCCGAGGAAGGAAUCACCAUCAAGUCUGUGUACGAUGAGGAGAUAAAGGAUUAUUUCCUAUAUACAAUGGCCACAUUUGACUUCGAGAACGACUGGCUGGCCCAAGACAUGCUGGAACACUCGCUGGAGGCCACCGCCGAAUGGUCCUCCGUCUGCAAGGAAUACACGGUCGUCCAGCGGUGGCCUGCCGACCGGUGUGCAUUGGUGCAUCAGGUGCUCGAGAAGAGAUGGCUGGGACUCUCCCUCAUGCGUGAUAUUGUCUACUUCAGAUACGGGCACGUGGAAGGCGACAGGCGUACCAAUGUUAUGUUCAGCACCGACUGGCAGGGGCUAGAGCCGACCAAGAUGGUCAGGGGGACAAUCAACAAAGGAUCCGGCUUGAUGCUACACCCUAACCCGGAUAACCGGACGACCCGAACUCUCAUGCACUGGGUGUCCUCGUCCGACAUGAAGAUCCCGCUCCUCCCCAAGGGCAUUCUCGUCCGCCUCUACACGAUGACAUGCCGGCAGUACAUCCUCGAUCUGCGGCACUACACGGAGUCCAGAUGGAGGAUGCACCUCGAUGCCAGGCGAGGCUGAACUCAGAAUUCCAGAAAGACGAGAAGAUGGUUGAAGAAUGAACGUAAUUCAACAUGGACAUGACCCUUGGGAAUCCGAUUUUUCAUGCAUGAAUUUCCUGUAUACACGCUU